AUGGAUUGGGAACCUUCAUGGGUUAGUCAUUGCAUUGAUAACUUUGAAAAUGAUACUGUGGAGUUCGACCCAUUCUUAGAGCUCAAUGAUGAAAGUAGUAAAGAUGUUGCUGAUGCAGUUUCUGUGGAUUUAUUAUUACCCAAUGACCUCUUGGAGCGAAUAUUAGCCUGUCUCCCAGUUGCUAGCAUUUUUAGGGCUGGCUGUGUGUGUAAAAGAUGGCGUGACAUAGUAUCUUCUGAAAGGUUCUUGCGGGAUUUUUCUAGACUCUCGUCACAGAAGCCUUGGUACUUCAUGUUCACUAGCUCAGAUGAACCUGUUGGUUAUGCAUAUGAUCCUGUCCUUCGAAAAUGGUAUGGCAUUGACCUUCCGUGCAUUGAGACAUCCAGUUGGUUUAUUUCUUCGUCAUGUGGGUUAGUUUGUUUCAUGGACAGUGAUAGCAGGAGCAGGCUGUAUGUUUGUAACCCGAUAACGAAAUGCUUCAAGGGACUCGAUGAGCCCCCGGGUCCGAAAUUUUCCGAUUACAGUGCAUUGGCAAUCUCGGUGAACAGAUUAUCUCACAGUUAUAAUGCCUUCAUUGUAAAAUCUAAGCAAGUUCCAGGUGACUUUUUUCAGUGGGAUCUUUCAAUCCAUGUGUACAAGUCAGAAACAAUGUCUUGGGUGACCACUUUGACGGAGGUUUUAACAGGAUGGCGAGCUGGUGAUGAGAGCGUGAUUUGUGAUGGGGUUUUGUACUUCCUGAUUUACUCUACCGGGGGUGGUGGCACUGAUAAUCGCCACGGACUCAUCAUGUAUAACCUCACAAGCCGAAUGCCCCAUAGUUUAUUGAUGAAAAGUUUCAUCCCGGUGCCAUGUUCUCUUACAUGUGGUCGUCUGAUGAACCUCAAGGAAAAGCUUAUAAUGGUUGGAGGAAUUGGGAAACAGGAUCGACCUGACAUAAUUAAGGGAAUUGGGAUUUGGAGUUUGAAUGGGAAGGAGUGGCAAGAGAUAGCCCGAAUGCCUCAUAAGUAUUUUCAAGGUUUUGGGGAGUUUGAUGAUGUUUUUGCAAGCUGCGGUACAGAUGAUCUCAUAUACAUCCAGAGCUAUGGAGCACCUGCUCUUCUUGUUUAUGACGUUAGCCAGAGGCAAUGGAAGUGGUCGCAGAAAUGCCCCGUGUCAAAGAGGUUCCCUCUUCAACUUUUUACCGGUUUUUGCUUUGAACCAAGGCCGAAAAUUGCUCCAUAG